CACACACUCACACACGCACACACAUACACACACACUUCGAAGUUUACAAGUAAAAAUACACAUAAAAAAAACACGCACACAAUGUUUAUGAAAAAGAACAAAAGUACAUUAAUAAUACUUGACGUCGGUUUACAUCGAAUGCAUUACACUUUAAAAAUGCACUAAUAAUUCCUAGAAGAAAACUAUACCAUAUAUUAUGUUUUAAAUAUAUUGUGCCGCGCUACACAAAAGUAAUGUGAAGUGUACAUAUGCAUAAAAGAUCAGCAAACAUUUCCUAAAUAGAAAAACGAUGAAAUCAAGAAACUUUUUUGUCCCUGACCAAUAUGUAAUUUAAUUCUAAGAAAAAUCAAGUGCACAAAGUCAUUUUAGAUCAUAUUAAAUAACAAUGGAACUUUGACUCGAAUGUAAGCUUUUAAUUAUAACAUAGGUUGUUUGCCUUACGAAAAACAUGUUAAAAGUUGCAAUUUUAAAAUAUAUAAGUAUAAAUGCAAAACCGGCACAAAGUUUUGAAACACAUGUAUGUAUUUUUUCUAAUUUACUAAUAUUUAAACUUAUUACAAAGGGACAUAUUAAAUAAAACAUUCAUACAUUUAAUUCAUAUAAUACAUACAUAAGCAUACAUAAUUACAACUAUUGCACAAUUAUUUGCAAACUCUAACUGAAGCACAUUUUUCCUUGCAUUGUUGUUACCAAAUACACUAAAAUAUUGUAUUACAAUUAAGAUUCCAAAAUAAUUUAAUUAAAUUUUGAGAAUUAGAUUAAUUAAUCUUGACUUGAUAAAUUAAGAUGUCCUAGACCGAUUCAAAUAAUAGUUUAAAAACUAAAAUCAGGAUCAGGAUUUUAGUAAAAUUACAUUCGUGAAUACGAAAACCAUAAUGGAAUGUAUUGUACCCCAAGAAGAUUCAUUAAUGCAUUUAUUCAUUCAUUCAUUCAUUUACGCGCGCGCGCGCGCACACACACACACACACACACACACACACACACACGCACGCGUCCUUGUGUUAUGCCAAGCCAGGGAAAGGUGUUUUCAAUUAUGACUCUUCAAGAAUUAAGUAGGUAUUGUGUAAAAAUAUUUAAAAUAACAAUUUUCCAUUUAAAAAGUGUAUUCUUUUGUGUAUUGUCAUUGCGUAUUGUGGAAUGUCACCAAACGAGAUUGAAAUCCUACCUUUUCAUCAAAGUGCGUGAAAGAGCACUCAUUUCUCGCCAGAAAAAGAAAAAAAUAUUCUGUACUAACUCCGCUCUAACCGAGUUAGCUAUUUGGGAUGUCGCUCUGGAUAGGGUUUUGUAACUGUUAAAAUUUUGUAAAAUGUUGUAUUCCUGUAUUCCUGCCUUGCACCCACGCAAAUACUGAACGAGAUGAAUUAAUCAAAAGUACUAUUAUUAGUAAGACUAAUAUAAGACGAAGGUUUCCGUCGCUACAAACACAGAAACAAAUCUACUCCAUAAAUAUAGUAAACAAACAUACCUAUGCACUGUGUAAAAAUGACAACGAGUAUCCUUUGUCCAAAUACACAUAAUUAUUUGAGCGUACACUCGGUUAGAGGCUAGUAGGAUAGUAUUGUGUUAUUUUUAAUAAUAAUAAUAAUAAUAAUAAUAAUAAUAAUAAUAAUAAUAAUAAUAAUAAUAAUAAUGUGUAUACAUUAUUUAGUGCAUCAUUUCUGUACUACGUUGCUUUUUGCCGUCUCAUAAGCCACUGGGUGUCUUACGUUUGGCUGGUCUUUGUUCUCUUUAAUGGAAGUGUUCUUUCAACAAAGUUUCGACUAGAUGGCGCCAUUGCUCUACACUGAGCUCCACUCCCUCACCAACUUGACCCUCUUGACGUCAGAGCAGUCUGGAGCAUCAAGGCCACUUCCAAAACCCCAUUGGUCUGAAAAUCACAUGACGGGGCGCCUUGAAUCCAUAAUUAUGUUGCCGAUAUUUUUCGCUCCCCCCCCACCUCCCAAAAGAUGUCAGCGUCCUACUGUCCUUAUCCAUUCCGACAUAAACGAGCUUGCUUUAAAACAUAAGAUCAACACGCCCAAGUCAGCAAAAUGUCAUGUCCGAACAACGUGGCAGCCGGCUCUUUUCUGAUGGAUUCGCUGGUCGGAGAAACGUCUCCAUACAGAGGUGAAGGAUAUUCUGCUAACUCUGGGAUGUACAUCUCAACGUCCGCAGAAUAUGGCUGUCAGAUGAUGAGAAAUUUGGGCGUCGCUGGUAUGCCCCACUCCAAACGGGAUGAGCUGCCACCGAGCACCGUGCUAAUCAGCGGCUAUGAGCACGCGCAUUACCUGUCGCAGCGGGACGCCUGGACGACCGCCUCCAAAACUUACAGAGGUGCCCAACCUGUUGCCCAGCCUUUGCACCCAUGUUCUUUUACAAGUAGUGGCGUCAAGGAAGAGGCUAUACCUUGCCUUUAUCAGUCUGAUAUCAAUAGUCCCAAGGAGUCUACGGACUCCUCCACCUAUAUCCGCCUGGGAGACAAUAGCAACCACACUAAUCAAAGCGGCGUUUCCUCCGCCGGCUUUUUCCGAGGAAACCAUGUGUAUACAACUGAAAGGGUGCAUGAAGAAGAUGGGUUCGACUCGGACUUUAGCCGUAUUUCAAGAAUAACAGCUCCCACAGAGACACGAGCCGUCGAUUCGUUUGUCAAGAGCAGCAAGUCGCAACAGGACGCAACGGGCGAGGAAACGAAUGCGGAGGAGCAUCGUGCGGAUAAGAGACAGCAACUUAGGAAAAAAGACGGCGAGUCGAAGAACGACAGCUGUACAGAUGAUUCUGAGAGCGAAUUGAAAGAAGAAGCAAAGUUGGAAAACACAACGGGGAACUGGCUAAAGGCUAAAAGUGGGCGAAAGAAGAGGUGUCCUUACACAAAGCAUCAGACACUUGAGCUUGAGAAGGAGUUCUUGUUCAACAUGUACUUGACUCGAGAGCGCCGCCUGGAGAUCAGCAAGAGUAUCAACCUCACAGACAGACAGGUCAAGAUUUGGUUUCAGAACAGAAGGAUGAAACUGAAGAAGCUAAACAGGGAAAGUCGGGUCCGGGAGCUAACGGGCUACAACUUUAACUGA